AGAGCAUCGAAUUCUCAAGCGCCUGCUUGCGUGUCUUUACAAAAGUCUUGUGGAAGGUUGCUCUCUCGGCUCGGAGUUGCGCUCACUGCAACAUUCCUUAGCAGAGGAGUUCAGUAUAAAAGAGCACAGCCUGUCGAAGGAGUCAUGCAUUCCACCGCAAGCACUCAGCAGUAAAAGUCACACUGGAUUUUAGUACUUCACACACACACACACACACACACACUAAGACAUCACAAUGUCCAUACAAGUAUCGGAAAUGUCCAAGACCUACCAAUAUCGCAAAGUGAUGAAGCCAAUGUUGGAGCGUAAACGGCGCGCACGCAUCAACAAGUGCCUGGACGAGUUGAAAGAUUUAAUGGUCGUCACAUUGGAGUCGGAGGGUGAACAUGUCACGAGAUUGGAGAAAGCCGAUAUUCUCGAGUUGACCGUUGCCCAUUUGCAAAAGUUGAAGCAGCAACGCAAAGCGGCCGCCUCAAAGGGUGGCGCUAUGUCAAAAGCUGAGGGUUUCCGUUCCGGUUACAUUCAUGCAGUCAACGAGGUGUCCCGUUCGCUCUCGCAAUUGCCCGGCGUUAAUGUUAAUCUUGGCACACAGCUGAUGACACAUCUCGGCCAGCGCUUAAAUCAAUUGCAGCCUGCCGUACAUGCACCCACACCCAUUACCGCACCGCUUUCGGUACACAUUGCUCAAACAGCGGGAGGACGCGGCGCGCAUUAUUCGGUACCCAUUUCACCCAUCUCCAGCUACAAUGGUAGUCCGAAUUCGAGCGUCAGUAGCGAAAAACAUGGCCAAAGUCAAAAUCUACUCACCACCUACAGCGGUCACUCGCCCAUUGAUGCCACUACGGGCAGUCAUGCAGCUCGGGCCGAGGAGGAAGAUGUCUGGCGACCAUGGUAGUGUGGUGCGCAGGCGUCAAGUCGUUAAAUCGGCAAACGUCCCAGUACAAAACUUAAAUGUUAAUUGCUCAGUGAUAAAGUCUUCCAGACGUGCAGGCAACGCCUGCCGUCAACCAAUCCAUGCAACUUAAAACGAGUGACACGCCAACACGCGCCAUGUCGCCCACCAAACAUAAAGCUUUAAAGUAGAGGAGAGGCAUUUGCAAGUAGCCACGCUUCCAGCGCCAGCUGCCGGCAGUUGUAUCGUCGAUGUGAUUUCGCACAAUUGUUAAAUAUUGUCAUUAAGUUUAUUGAAUUGUAUUAGUUGAAUUAGAGAGAAUUUUUAAAAAAUUUUGCAUAAGUAUACUUUUAAAAGAAA